AGUUUAAUGUUUUGCACCACAAUCUUGCUAGAGUCAAUAAGACGUUUGCCUUUAGCUACUUACAACGUCGACCUCUCGCGUUUAUUAUGCCUGUAGCUUAUACAUAUAAAUAUAAAAAUAAUGCUAGCACAGCUGAGCGAGAACGGAACAUUGUCAGUUUUAAGGAUUUGUUCUUACGGUUUGUGCAUUCUCGUCAGUUGCGUUUCAGAAGCGUGAAAUGGAAAACCUCAAAAUAUGUACCGCUCUGUUGUUAGUGUUCGGAAGCAUACUUUCUAUAACUGGGCAAAUCGUAAAAAGACCGAAUGUAUUGCUUUUGGUUUUGGACGAUUUACGACCGGCGAUUAAGGCGUUUGGAGAUUCCAAAGCAAUAACGCCAAACAUUGAUCGACUGGUUAACGAUGGAUAUUACUUUACUAACAUUUUUGCACAGCAAUCGAUCUGUGCACCAAGUAGAAAUUCAUUCCUUACCGGACGCAGACCGGACACUACAAAACUGUACGAUUUCUACAGUUAUUGGAGAGAAACAGCGGGAAACUUCACAACACUGCCUCAAUACUUCAAACAAAAUGGUUAUUAUACGAAAUCGAUCGGAAAAAUUUUCCAUCCAGGAAUAUCGUCGAACUUCACGGACGAUUAUCCUUUAAGUUGGAGUGACGAGCCUUAUCAUCCUUCAACAGAGGAAUACAAAGACAAGCCAACUUGUAUUGAUAUCGCAACUGGAAACCUUACCAAUAAUUUAUUGUGUCCUGUGGUACUGCAACUUCAACCUGAGGGAACCCUUCCCGACAUUCAAAGCACCGAAGAAGCGAAAUGUUUUCUCAAAUCUUAUCGCAACCCAAAUGCGCCAUUCUUUCUUGCUGUGGGCUACUACAAGCCACACAUCCCGUUUAAGAUCCCGGAGGAGUUCCUGGAGCUUCACAGAAACACUAAUUUCAAGACCCUUGAUCUCGACUACGCACCGUAUGGAUUACCAACUGUGGCCUGGAAUUCUUAUUUAGAUGUAAGAAGUCGACAUGACAUGAUGGCCUUAAAUAUCAGCUAUCCAUUUGGACCGAUUCCGGACUUGACCAAACAAAGAAUACGUCAGCAUUAUUACGCCGCAGUGAGCUAUGUCGACAGCAUGAUCGGAAAACUGUUGGAAGAUGUUAACUUUGAAAACACAAUCAUCGUCCUAACAUCCGAUCAUGGUUGGGCGCUAGGGGAACAUGCUGAGUGGUCAAAAUUUAGCAAUUACGAUGUUGCACUGAAUGUGCCCCUUAUCAUUUACAGUCCACAGGUUAAGCCUAGAUCCGAGAACAAAAUUGAAAUGGUGGCUGAACUGGUAGAUUUAUUCCCAACAUUGGUGGACUUAGCUGGCCUACCACCGAUUCCAGCUUGUAAGGCCAAUAGGGAUGACGAGGAAACGUGCGUUGAAGGUAAAUCAUUGCAACCACUAAUUUUUGGCGAGCCAUGCGACAAUUUAGUGGAAGAGGCUUUCAGUCAAUACCCCAGACCGGGAACGUAUCCAUCUGUUCACCCUAACAGCGAUAGACCCAAACAGUACCAGAUAGAAAUUAUGGGAUACAGUCUGCGCACGAAGCAGUUCCGUUACACGGCGUGGAUCGGGUUUGAUCCGGAUAAUUUUACCCGAGAUUGGGACACAAUCUACGGUGAAGAAUUAUAUGAUCAUAGAAUUGAUCCCAAGGAGAACAUGAAUCUCGUGGACCGAAUACAGUUAGCACCAAUAAUCAAAUGGUUGAGACUACGCUUGGAGGAAAAGUUUUGGUAAAUGUGAACCGGCAUUUUAUUAUAAUACAUAAAUAUAAAUGCUGACAUUCAAAUGAAUAAAAAAAACAAGAAACAGUGUUCAGAUAUAGUAAAAAAAAAAUGCUUUAUGAAUA